GAAUUCAUUCAACUUACUCUUCGUCUUGUUAUGCCCAACAUGGCUCCAUGGGAGAGUUUCGACCAGGUCUUCUCGUUUAAUAAGAAGUACACAUAUGAAUCAAAGGUCUUUGACCAAAUUCUAUCCAACCGGCGCUCAUUGGACCAGCUCUUUGCCGAUCGACUUCUGGGACUCCUCGGCAUCCAAGGAGUGACCAAGAUCUAUCCCCCGAAGGCUAAUGCAGACCUCCGAACGCUUUUCAACCACAUCGUUUCCUCGGAACUCGAUAUCCAUCACAAACAAUCGUUGAUCUAUUACAUCCUCAAGGAUUGUCGCACUGCACCAGAAGCCGCAUCUCAGUUUGCGCAACAAUGUCACCUUCCGGAAAAGUACCGCUUCUUCAUUGAAGGACUUUGGCAUUUGGAUCGUCUUGAUUUCAGGCGAGCCGUCGAGUAUCUUGCUGAGCCCUCGCUCAUUCCUACCUUCCCGGAUGAGAUCCUCUAUGUCCUGACCCUUACAAAUCUUCCCAAGCACGACGACAGUCUUGCAGUCGCAUACUACCUCACUGCAGCUCCUCCUCUGGCAAGCGCCAAGGUUCGCAAGGCCUUCUUUGAUACGCUCGCUCGCUCGAACAUUACAGAAGCAUUCUAUUUUACACGCAAGUACGAUGAUUCUCUCCGACGGGGCUUCUUCGAGCAGCUAGUUGAGUUUGUUCACAAAGUCAGCCCUGGCCAGACGAGAAGCAAACGUGCGAUGGAACUCGUGGGUCUUCCGCUUGAUGAAGAUGAGGAAGAGUGGUUUGGGUAUGUCUUACUGCAAGGCAAUGCCAGCACUCUUCCGGGGGCCAAAGACACUGUCAUGAUGCGCCGUCUGGCAACCGGGCGACUCGGGGAGCUCACUCCGGAGCUCGAAUCAUUGGGAGGCAAGAAGAUUGAUGGGUUGAACUGGGAUGACCUUCGGGGGAGCAUACAACACACGUAG